AUGCGGGCAAAGCGCAUUUUCGCAGACAAAAGCAUGCACAGGCAGCCUCCCAGGCGUGCCGUGCGAUUUACGCCUGCGCGCACGAGACCAAGUAAAACAAGCAAAUCAAGAGCCCUUCGGGGGCGUGCGCACACAUACACAUAUGGGUGUUUAUUUCUUGGCCUGGUGUGCCGCAGCAAUGCCUUUUACUUUUCUAUGUGCUCCGGCGUGGCCACAGGCUUUUGGCUUUCCGGGGCUCUGAGGUUUCUAAGCUGCCCGGAUACGGCCCGGAAUGCCCUGCACAGAUACAUGUCGCCUAGCUGA